AUGACUCAAGAGAAGGAACCUCAACUACUUAUUGAGAACGAUAGUUUUGGCUGUGACAGAGCAGCAACCAUACAUUUUAGAGUAAAUGGCGUGAAUGCUAUCCCAGAAAUGUAUGACUAUGUCAAGAGUGAGAUUAUUGUUGAUAAUUACUUCCAGAUGGAACCAAUAUGCACUAUUGCACACGGAGAUUGGCCCAAAACAAGGGUUUCAAUUUCCAACGAUUCUACCAAUUCUUCUUUCAUUUACAAAGGUAAAGUGGGAAAAGAGGAAUUCGGCUCUAAUUAUGAACUAAUUCAACACAUCCUCCAAAUUAAAAACCAUGAGCCAUCCCUUGAUCAAGGGAUUAGCCAGGAGUUCUUUACUACUACAACAACUCUUCGUCACAUUUUCAAACACAAACAAGAUGAUGUAGAAUUACAUAUAUGUGUUUUGAAAUUAGGUCAAGAUAUGUAUUAUAACUUUGGAAAGAUCAGAAAAACAGGUAAAAUUGAAGACAGCAAAUUCAUUUUGCUUGAGCACUUGAAGAAAUUGACUGUUGUAGAUGAUAUGUUUGUCAUGGACCCAGUUAACACUCCUGUAAUCCAAAAGAUGUUACACGAGAUGAAUCCUUUACUAGAAUCUAUUGACAGCUAUAAAUUGCACCCAAUUGAUAAUAAGUAUGCCAGCUCAAUGUCUGGCACAGUUAUUAGCCCAUCUAUUGAGAACACAGAGCUGGCGAAAUUAAUGCACACUUUCAAAUACAUGGACUAUGAAUAA